GGACGAAGAAGAACGGGUAGAGGAGCUAGAACAGGAGAAGCUGCAACUUGCUGAAGCAAAUGGGACAAAGAGUCUAGAACCCUUGCCAGAAAAGCUGCAACUUGCUGAAGCAGAUGGGACCACAAAGAGUCUAGAACUCUUGCCAGCGAAAGAUCAAGGACAGCAGCAGUUCUCUUCAUCGUCAGAAGAAUCUGGUGUGGACGAAGAAAAUGUUGACGCACGUCCAAGACGAAGAGGCUCCUCCACAGUUCUUGUGUCCCAGGUUAACGAGGGCCACUCAGGAGAGGCUGGCGUAGACACACGUACACCAACAUGUUCGAGCAAGAAAUCGACAUGCUUGUCUCGCUCCAUAGCAAAGUUCAUCGAGGCUGGCAAGUACACCUUUUACGGGUUGUAUCUGAUUGGGCGGUAUCGGUACGUCCUGUACCUGUUCCUGCUAAACUCUCUAGUUUACCCACUGCGAGCGAUUCUGGAUAUCCAACUAGCGUUGCUUCUACACCAGGCAGUGGAGAUGCCGCCAGACGAUGGAAGGUCGUUGGGCGCGCCACCGUUCGAGAGUACCUUUCUGGGAUGCACAGCGACAGACGUCAAGACAGCGUUGCAAAGUUGGAUUGGUAUCCCUGCGGCCAUGGUCUGCAUCACUGCGGUCUACUUUGGGUUCCGAAAGGACGCGAAGAAAGGUGCGGCUAAUGGUGUUGCAAGGACACUAGCACACACGCCAGUGGCUGUGCUGUUGCUGAUGUCGGUGUUGUGUAUCACGACUUUGUUUUCAGAACAGAGGGGAACGGUGUCUGUGCAGUUGGAGAUAGUGGCUGAAGAACAGAAUACUGAAAUUUCAGUGGCUUCUCCGACAUCAAGUAAGGAAGAAGGUAAUUCUAAAUGCUUAGGUGGAACAGCUGUAGCUGGAGGCAGCGCGUCCCCCUCUUCACCGGCGUCAGUUAGAACGAUAAAGAGAGCUGCUUCUCGUGAGAGUAUACUUCAUCCAAGCAAUUUUCUGGAGCAACAACAGGCGAGCAGUUGUACUCUGAGCAGUAAUAGAAGGAUAAGUUCUACUAGUGGGACACCUGGUGGAUCUGCAGCUGCAACAACACCGACCUUCGGAGGUGCAGGUGGAACUACAACUAGUACAGUGGUUGGCAAAGGCGAUGACACCCUUCUCAGAAGCGCAGUAGUCUGGAACGAUAAGAGUUUUGAGACGCAGGGCAGACGAUGGAAUUAUCCGAAUGAGGUCGUUGACGCAGAAGCAGUUUUGUUCCUCGAGAUGCCAGAAAAUGCUCAUAGACACGACAAAACUGUAGGGAAUGAGCCGCGAUGCUACCCAUUGGAAGUUCUAGUCUCAGGCAUUUCCAUUUCAUCAACAAACUUGCUCAAUGCUCCUGAGGACCGACGACAACGUGAGGCAUCAAGUCCGAGGCCUGAACGUGGUGAACAACAAGUAGGAGUUCAAUUUGAACAAACCACGAGCACGACUAUCGAGCAAGGAGAUGGCGGCACGCAGUUGCCCACUACUUCCUCUGAAGAUGAGAUUGACAUCGCGAACCUGCCGCAAAACCAAUUCGCGAGGAGUGUUACUACACCUUCCGAGAACUACGGCAGUAGUCGGCCGUUGACGCGGCAAGUGGAGCUGAUAGCGAUGCAGAGAAAUAGUCAGCAAUCCUCAAGAGGGAUAUGUAGAAACACUCAACUUCAGAUGGAUUAUACCAGUACAACAACGUCAUCUAUGACUUCUAUCGAAGAACAAGGUAACGAUAGGUUUGGAGGUGGUGUCAACAGCGGUUCUGGUGCUACUAGCAGUGUCCCUUGUGGCAAGAAAGUCGCUAUCUUCCGAUGGAGCCAUCACCUCGACGCGGUCCCUGUCCCCUUGCCGAAUCCACGAGCUGUCGGAGCGCACAAACGUCUCCUCCCGUCUGGAAGUGAGGUCAUACAGCACGCUUUGGUCAAGGAUCGAGAUGAAUGUCAUGACUUGUGUCGCGAUUACUCUAGACCACGUGGCGCCAACAGCAAGACUGCAACUCUCGUCGUUUGUAACCACUUUGCGUUUGCUUGCGCAAGAGGAACUCACCUCCUAGAUGAGGAAAGUGGAACGAGAUGUCUUGGCCUUCCCAGGGAUGGUUCUAGACCUGAGCAUCAAAAGCAUGCCUGCAUCCUCUACGCAGCUACGAAAGCUGGGGAACGCGAAGCUGCCAAUAGAAAAAGUAGAGCGAAGGCGAGUGGUACGAGGCGGACGUCUGCGACGCGGUCCACUACUAAUAGUACCGUAGUUCUCUCUAGAACAGGAGAUGGAGGUCCUCGUAGAUCCGAGGUCGUGUCAACAAGUGGCGACACUGGUGGUUCAUCAUCAUGUACUGCUCGUGCUGCGGCAUCAGCCGCCGCCUCGUCGCACUCACAGCAGAUAGUCAACACAGCGACAGCAGCAUCAGCGCAACAUUCCCAGCAAGAACAGCACUCAUUGAAUGUCUUCAAGUUAGCGAGCAAGUUCGAUUUUGAACAUGAGGCUCGGCUCUAUCAGCUACAGCCGCGAUACUCGUUCCAUGAAGUAGCUCGUUUAGCCGAGCAAGCAGGUGCUGCAGCUGUAGUCUUUGACGUUAGACGGGACGUUUUCGUAGUACCUGCUGUUGAGGACCUGGGUUCGCAUGGUGGCGAGGAGACUGGGAGGAGCAGUACGACCCAACAGCAGGCACAGGAAGCUUCAGCUGCUGCUGCAUCUCCUGCUUUGUUAAGCAGGUCAUCGAAUGCAAGUGGUGUAGGAGAGUCACCUUUUCUUCUCUCAGCAUCGCCUUCAAAUGGCGGCGGUAAUAGUAGUGGUAGUGGUCAAAACAGAAGUAGCAGUACCGGUGCUGGAGGAGGGGGUGGUAGGAUAGGUACAUCCACGACGCCACUUCAGAUAGCUAACCAAGCAAGUCCAGACGAGCCUCCGCACAUCCUUGCAGCUGUGCUGCCAAACAACAUGCUGGCGGAUUUACUGAGACAAGCAGGAUCGAGGGUAAAAAAGACGAAGAGCAGGCAAGUCCAGGCCCCAACAGGGAGUAGUCAAGAUCAAGUAGGACACGUCGUCGCUGAAACAAAUGAUCAUAGCGGAACAACGUCAAGUACAACAAAGUUCCGCUUACGUGUGAAAAAGUUAGAACGGCGCGCUCCGCUGCAUCUGUCCUAUCAGUGGUGGGGAACUACUGACAACGUUUUCGAGAACCUUCCGAAAAUGUCAUUCCUGGCUCGUUAUCUUCUCUGUUCCUUUUUCUACAUCUAUCUCAACGUCGCCAUGUGGUCCUACAACGCACCGAUGAUCAAUCUUCUCUACCUACGAACAACUCGCGAGGUGAAAGUCCAAGCCCAAAGCUGGAGUAAGAAUUUUGGGGUCGACGCCUUGAAGAUAUUUGGCACGUUGUUCAACAACUUCGUGAAUGCACCGAACUUUCUGCCCUUUGUGAACUUCUCUUUGACGCUGUGUAUUUGUCUUGCCUGGCUCUGCGGAAUCAUAAGGCCAGUGGCGAAAAUCUAUCGAGAAUUGGAGGAAACGAACGAAUUAGUUGGGGAUGAAGACGGAGGUGGAAAGGAACUCGCUGAUAAAAGCGCACCUUCUGUAGAGGUGAAAGGCACGAAGGUUCAGCCAACACCUACAUCUCAAGAUCUUGACGAAGAUGCGCAGAAAGAAGUGUAAAAAGGAUACUUCGAAACAUGAUGACUAUUUUGCUCAUACUAGGGAUAGAAGACAUCAUACUCAUUCAAGCUGGUUUGUAAAAACACAGAGAGGAAUUAAAACAUAACGAAGAUAAAUUUGAUAUCUUUGUUAUGCCAAGCCAACGGCUUUCCAUGCCAAGGAGCACUUCGUUAAUGCCUUCGACAGAUGAAAGUACUUCCACUAGGGUAGUGCUGCACUGGAUACUUCUACAAUUGACGAUUUCAUUAACCCCGCACUCAUCCCUUCACCCAGCGAAAAACCGACAUACUUUCCUAACCCUUUCCCCUCACUCAUUCACACAUGAAAAGAAGUACACGGCUCGUGCUAGACCUGAUGCGCCAUUCGGACUUGUUGCCGCAUUCCCAUUCGACUUCAAUUAAG